AUGGAUACUUUGGCGGGUUGCAUUUCCGCGUCAAUCUCUCUCCCAACGUCUUGUUCCCUCGGCACGCCCGGAUCAAAAAAAACGGAACACUUUUCAAUUUUUGCCCGGGCGUGCUCGGGCCUGGUUGGGGAAAUGGAGCUCAAAAAGCCGUCGAGGGUGUCGUUGACACGAAUCAGCGGCCCAUGUUUAGCGUUGGUUCGCAUUAUCAUUCAUUGUAAUUUGAUGUCCCGCUCCUGGAGCUGGAAUGAUGGAGCGAAGCGAUGCGGCUGGAACCUUGGGCGGCCUCGUCGUUUGCCAGCCUCAACAGCCCAGGGCUGGCAUCCGCCGAGCGAGUGACGGGCUGAUGAUGGGUGUGGUGA